AUGGCUGAAGUUUUGCCUGGAGUAGUCAAGUGUGGAGCAUACCGCUAUGAAGAUGGAACACGUUAUGUAGGAGAUUGGAAUCAAAGAGGCCAGAAGCAUGGAAUGGGUCACAUGGAACUGCCCGAUGGAACUCGCUACGAUGGUGGGUUUCAGAAUGGCCUGUGUUCUGGUUUAGGAGUAAUGUGCUUUCCUGAUGGUGCAAAAUAUGAAGGUGAAUUCAUGCAAGGCUGGUUUCAUGGACAUGGAAUAUUCUGGAGGGCUGAUGGAAUGAGGUUUGAAGGUGAAUUUCGAGGUGGACGCAUAUGGGGUCUUGGUCUUGUAACCUUCAAUGAUGAAAGUCAUGGUUUUCCUAGAAAUGAAGGUUUCUUUCAAGAUUGUCGGUUAGUUCGAAAAAAACGUUGCCCGGAUGUAGUUCAGAGAGCACAAAAAGUUGCACUUAUGGCACGCGCUCAGAGUGACUAA